AUCAAACUCUCAAUAUCACCCUUUCCCCCACCCCCAACCCUUCCUUCCUCCACCGUGUACCACCACCAUGAUGGCAAAAGCCACCGCCCACUCCGGCGGAGUACUGAAAAAAAUAAUUCUUUCAUACACUUACUUAGCCAUAUGGAUUGUCCUUUCUGCUACAGUAAUUGUAUACAACAAAUAUAUUCUUGAUAAAAAACUAUACAAUUGGCCUUUUCCAAUUUCCCUUACAAUGAUUCACAUGGCUUUUUGUUCUUCAUUAGCUUUCCUCAUCGUACGUAUCCUUAAACUUGUCGAGCUUUUCACCUUGUCCAGAAAAGUCUACUUAACAUGUGUGCUUCCUAUUGGUGCACUUUACUCACUUUCAUUAUGGCUAUCAAAUUCUGCUUAUAUUUAUCUAUCUGUUUCAUUCAUCCAAAUGCUUAAAGCAUUAAUGCCUGUUGCUGUGUAUACCAUUGGUAUAUUGUUGAAAAAAGAUAGUUUCAAGAAAUCUACCAUGUGUAACAUGUUGGCUAUUUCAGUUGGGGUAGCUAUAGCUGCUUAUGGUGAAUCGAAGUUUGAUGCGUAUGGUGUUACGCUGCAGUUGCUUGCGGUUGUGGUUGAGGCAACUAGGUUGGUGAUGAUACAGAUCUUGUUGAGUUCAAGAGGAAUUAAACUGAACCCUAUUGCUACAUUGUACUAUGUUGCACCAAGUUGUUUGAUUUUCUUGUCAAUGCCGUGGGUAUUCGUGGAAUAUCCGGUGUUGAGGGAAAGUUAUAUGAGGGGUGUUGGAUUAAAUGUUGAUUUUACGAUAUUUGGUACUAAUUGUUUGUGUGCAUUUGCAUUGAACUUGGCUGUUUUCUUGGUUGUUGGAAAGACAUCAGCAUUGACUAUGAAUAUUGGUGGGGUGGUUAAAGAUUGGUUGCUUAUAGCAUUUUCUUGGUCAGUUAUUAAGGAUUCUGUGACACCAUUGAACUUGAUUGGUUAUGGAUUGGCAUUCUUGGGAGUUGCUUAUUAUAAUCAUCAGAAAUUGCAGAUGUUGAAAGCUAAAGAAACUGCAGAAAAGAAGAGUGCUCAGCAGAAUGAUGAAGAAGAAGGUGUGGUUUUGUUGACAGAAAAGAGAACAGAAGGGUGAUGCAAACGCCUAGUUUUUGAGUUUGGUUGAAGAAAAUAGGAAUAUUGAGAAAAGGGUAUGAAGUAGUACUAAUUAAACUUUAUAUUAGUGGCAGGAUUUUUUUUUUUUUGGUUCUUGUGUUUGAGUGCAAAUUUAUAAAUUUAUGUGUUACUCCUAGUA